UGAGAGUGAGUCAUGGAGCUGCGCGUGGGAAACAAGUACCGCCUGGGACGGAAGAUCGGGAGUGGGUCUUUUGGAGACAUCUACCUGGGUGCCAACAUUGCCUCUGGUGAAGAAGUUGCCAUCAAGCUUGAGUGUGUGAAAACGAAGCACCCACAGCUGCAUAUCGAGAGCAAGUUUUACAAGAUGAUGCAGGGAGGAGUGGGAAUCCCAUCCAUCAAGUGGUGUGGAGCCGAGGGGGACUACAAUGUGAUGGUCAUGGAGCUGCUGGGGCCCAGCCUCGAGGACCUCUUCAACUUCUGCUCCCGCAAGUUCAGCCUCAAGACGGUGCUGCUCCUGGCCGACCAGAUGAUCAGCCGCAUCGAGUACAUCCACUCCAAGAACUUCAUACACCGGGACGUCAAACCUGACAACUUCCUCAUGGGGCUGGGGAAGAAGGGCAACCUGGUGUACAUCAUCGACUUCGGCCUGGCCAAGAAAUACCGGGAUGCCCGCACGCACCAGCACAUCCCCUACCGGGAAAACAAGAACUUGACUGGCACUGCCCGCUACGCCUCCAUCAACACCCACCUGGGCAUCGAGCAAAGCCGCCGAGACGACCUGGAGAGUCUGGGCUACGUGCUCAUGUACUUCAACCUGGGCUCCCUGCCCUGGCAGGGCCUCAAAGCAGCCACCAAGCGCCAGAAGUAUGAGCGCAUCAGUGAGAAGAAGAUGUCGACGCCCAUCGAGGUCCUCUGCAAAGGCUACCCCUCCGAGUUCUCCACAUACCUCAACUUCUGCCGCUCCCUGCGGUUCGAUGACAAGCCUGACUACUCGUACCUGCGUCAGCUCUUCCGUAACCUCUUUCACCGGCAGGGCUUCUCCUACGACUACGUCUUCGACUGGAACAUGCUCAAAUUCGGGGCUUCCUCGAGCCAGGCUCAGCCCCGUGACAACGAAGCUGUCACGCUGCCCUGCCCCCGCCCCUGUCCCUGUGCUGGGCCCACGUACUCACCCUCAUACUGGUGCCCGGCGCCCCUGGGCACCCAGGGCCCUCCAGAUAGGCCCCUGGAGGAGGUGGAGGAGCUGCCCCCCCAAAACUACUGGCCUGUGGUCUGGACUCCGGGGCCCCAGUUCUGACGUCACCAGGUGUGUCUGAGCCCGUCGGGGCCAGGCCUGAGGAGGUGUCCCUUGGCCUGGUGGGGUGCAGUGGAGAGGGAGUGGUGAAGGCCCUGCCGUGAGAUUCUUGGGGAUGAAUCAGCUGCCUGAUGAACCGAGCCUGAAGGAGGGACGAUGUUCACUGCCCUGGAGGGCCUGGUGGGAACGGGCACCGGGAGCGGCUUCAGCAAGACCCCGACGGUGGCCUCUGUAUUGAACUUGAACUCAUUAAACGCCCCUCACCUGUACCGCGCUUCCUGCUGGUGUGCCUCUCCUUUCAUGGCGGACGUCAGACGCUCAGGACCCGAGGGCUUAUUCUCUUGGACGCAGGGGUCGGCGCUGGGUACUGUUCCCUUAGGAGUUCAACAGAGGUCAGGCGGAGAGCCACGGUCCCACGGGCCAGGGGACUCGAGGGGUGGGGGUGGGCGAUGGGCAGUGGGGCACCUUGCACCCCAGACCUUCCAGGUGGGAGUGUGGCCAAGGGCCAGGGGCCAGAUCUCGCCAAAGGGCAUUCGUUGCUCAGGGCAUCUGGACACUGGGCGCUCACUCAUCCGCGUAGAAAGUCAUCCCUGGGUCAGCUUCGGGGAUGGGCUUGGCCCUUCCGCUCAGUGUGGCUCCAAGAAAGGGUUUUAUGUUGUCAAGGCUUGCACCAUGCAAUAUGGUAGCCGCUGGCUACGUGUGACUAAUUUUUAAUUAAUUAAAAUUAAUCAAAGCUGAACGUGUAGCUCCUCAGUCACAUUUGCUACGUUUCAAGUUGUCAGGAGCCACAUGUGGCUGGUCAGUGGCUAUCCUAUCCAACGAGGCAGACAUGAAUGUUUCCAUCAUCACAGAAAGUUCUGUGGGACAGUGCUCCUCUAGAUGGUUCCUCCUAGAACCUCUUGUGGAACCAUCCAGCUGACAAGAUCUCAUCUCAAGCCAGGCCACGAGCACCCUCCCUGCCCAUUGCUGGCACCCUGACCCCUUCCUGGGGUCCCCUUUGAGCCAGGCUCUAGAGUCAGAAGCUGAGCAGAGGUACCCACAGCCUUAUUCUGCACUGAUCUCUGACCUGAGGGCCUGGACUGGAUCACUGGGCGCCUUUGACCCCAUCACCACCACAGUGAACUCCACCAUCUCCACCUGCCUGUUGGCGGAAGCAUCUGCAGACAUGCAGUGGGGACCUUCUGUGUCUUUACCCCAAGGCCAGGCCUCCGGUGCCAUUACCAGCACCUACCUAAGGACUGGACACCAUGCUGGGCACCAAGGGCUACGGACUCCUGUGGGAAGGAUCCCACCCCUGAUUGAGAGCGUCUCUCCUUGAAGUGGCCACCCCGUUCAGCAUCAGGGCCCCAGAAUCCCUGGAUCCCCAGAGCCUGGGACGUUGCCGUCAGCACAUGGAGCCACUGUGUUCCGCGGUCCAACCGGCCGGCCAGGAGGAGACUCGGUGUAGCCAAGGACAGGGGUCCGCACAACAGGGCUGGUUGCUUGUGUGACUUUGAUGUUGACCUUUUGUGUUUUCUGUGGGCAAAUAAAAGCCAAGAAACCUC